AACUAGUGUUCUUUGAUUUCCAAUUUUCCAUGCCAUCCCUUUCUCUUCUGUCACCUUCUAAACCACCAGCCUCUGCCACGCAGUGUUCACACUUUCUUUUAACUGUCAGAAGAAUCAUCCCAACCCCCCAAAAAGCACAUUCUCCUUGAUCCCCACGCUCUCUCUCUCUCUCUCUCUCUCUCUCUCUCUCUUUCUUUUUUUUUUUUCGUUUGUCAUUCAUGAAAGAAGAUACUAAAGCCAAACUAAACCAAAACCAUCAACAUGGGAGCCAACAGAUGUGCAGAACCAUAGAAGUCGUUGCCACCGUUGACCACAUCGACAUGUCGCCGCCGGUCAUGUAUCCGGUAGUGGUUGCUGCCAACACUGGAGAUGACCUCAACUUGAUUCCUCCAUUGAACUUUGCUAUGGUUGACAAUGGCAUCUUUAGGUCGGGUUUCCCUGACUCUGCCAACUUCUCGUUUCUCCAAACACUUGGCCUCCGCUCCAUCGUAUGUCUGUGUCCUGAGCCAUACCCAGAAGCCAACACUGAGUUUUUGAAGUCCAAUGGAAUCAGGCUUUUUCAGUUUGGAAUUGAAGGUUACAAGAAUGCCCCUUAUCAUUCAAUGAAGCAUACUGGUGUUACCAUUUGGAGUUUCAUGACAGAGCCAUUUGUAAAUAUCCCAGAGGAUACAAUUCGUGAAGCUCUAAAAGUUGUCAUUGAUGUAAGGAAUCACCCAGUUCUAAUACACUGUAAUCGAGGGAAGCACCGAACCGGCUGUCUGGUGGGAUGCUUGAGAAAAUUGCAAAGAUGGUGUUUGUCAUCUGUCUUUGAUGAGUAUCAAAGGUUUGCAGCUGCGAAAGCUAGAGUUUCCGAUCAGAGGUUUAUGGAAUUGUUUGAUGUUUCUAGCUUAAAGCAUCUGCCAAUGUCAUUUUCUUGCUCAAAGAAGUAAACAACCGGAUAUAUUGAACGCCUUUUGCUUUCUUUCGUUUGCAGAGAAGAAAGCAUCGGAAUAAAUAGGAAAAGGUGAUGAGUUCCUGAAUUGUAUUUUGGCGGUAAAGGAAUUAUUCUUCAUUUUUCCUUUUCCAGAACAGUAAAAGGCAUAAAUGGUGUCAAUUUCCUUUUGUUAUGUUCAGUGUUCAGAUCUCCCUCCCCAUCUCUUUCUUCAUGUUUUAUCACAGUAAUUCUGCUUUAACAUUCUUAUUGGAAUGACCAAAAAGAGACCUAGAGUCCUAGUGACAUUUAUGAAAUUCCAUGUCUACUUUGAUUAUCAUGCUAAGAUGGUGUUGACCAUGGUGAUAUGAAGUGAAAUCAUCGGAUUUUCGUCUUUAUUUCAGAGUAAUAUGACAGUUAGAAUUGGUUGUUUGAAGAAAUGCAAUGAUAGGGUAGCGAGCAUAUAGAAUUUACUAGUGACGAGUUUAAUUGUCUACAAAAUUUUCUGAACUUUCUGGUUCUCUUUCUAUGUGAGAUUUUGAAACAACACAAUGAUUGACUAAGAAAUGGAGGACAGACCUUAUGGCUCUGGGCAGGACUGAAGGAGCCAAUCUUCUUCAUCGCAAUCCAUAGAUGAUCCUCCAGUCCGAGGGUCGUCAUCUUUAGUUUUGAUAAUUUAAAACAAGACAUGAAAACAUGAUACGAAUUAUUACAUCUCCCUACUCACUCAAGAUUUCAAGUUGCUGAUAAAUUGCGACAGUGUAAUUAAAGCAAUGGACCAUUAUUGAAUACUGCCUUAAGGCCUCAUCUAUCAAAGGCUGAAGAACAUAGGCUGUUGCAUUACAUUCCAAGAAAAUUCUUGUCCACCCAUCAACGUUAGCCUUUUUCGAGGCUGCCAAUGGACAUGCUUGUUAUUGCCUCCAAAGCAUUAUGUUUCCCAGCUGGAAGUUUAGAGGACCCAGCGUUAAUUUGAUCAAAUAACAUCACGUUUCCUGCUGUAACUGCUAGGAACACUUGGUUGGGCUCUAAGUUGAGCUUUGUCCUAAUCUUUCGGAGCCCAGACGUCAGGUACUUUAAACCUCCCAGACAACAUUUUGUAGACUUGCAAACAUAUUAAAACAGUGUCAGAAAUGCUGCGUUCAGAUUUUUCCUGUGUUGUUUCAAAUUGUCCUCAAAGUCACAGUCUGUACACAUGUUCUAUAUGGGGUACUGUAGGGCUAUGGUGGAGAAAAAAAAUAUAUAUUUCGUAUUAUCCAUAUUUAUAUGAUUUGUAACACGUAAUUUUAAUAUAGAAUGUGAGAUAAAUAUAUGAAUUAUCAAUAUUUGCUAGAUCUAUGUAAGAACCCUUACUUCUAUUCCCGUUACAAGAUUAACCACUAUAUAUGAGACAAAACAUGCCCGGUUGCUUAAGGAGAUUUGAUGAUGCAUUGAACCUGUUCUAGAGUUCUGCCCUGGUGUAAGAUCUAUUCAUUGAGCAUGCAAGACCCACCUUACUUGCUUUUGCAAAAGAAGACAAUGAAACAUUACCCUACAUUGUCCUAUAAUAUUCCUUUUCCAACAAAUCAUUAUUAGCCGAUUGAGAGGCUUUUCUGAUCCGCGAAAAAAAAGUGCUUUAACGCGUUUGUUUAUGAUCUCAGUUGUCCUUGCAGCAACCAACCAUCAUUCGGAGAGGAUUCAGGUAAUUAUGAUUAAAUGAGAGA